AUGGCUUCUUGGUUCCAGAUCCCCAAGAAUUCCCCCUUCUCUCUUGCCAACAUCCCCUUCGGCAUCAUCUCUUCACAAUCCGCUUCGCGUGUCCCCGCUAUUGCGAUCGGUGACCAUGCCUUGAACUUGAGUCAAUUCGCCUCAUCUGGAGGCUUCUCGCCAUUGUCCGCAAUUCAGCAACACCUGGACGUCUUCCACCAGCCCACGCUGAAUGCGUUCGCGGCUCUCGGUCGUCCAGUGCAUCGCCAAGUGCGGGAAUACCUGCAAAACGUGUUCCGCGCCGAGACGCAGUAUCCUCAGGUGCUCAAGAAUAAUGCAGAGCUACAGAAGUCUGCGCUUGUACCGCUCUCUGAGGUUACCUAUCAUGUGCCCAUGCAGAUUGGAGACUAUACGGAUUUCUACGCUGGAUUGAAUCACGCCUACAAUGUGGGCGUUCUCUUCCGCGGACCCGAUAACGCACUCCAGCCCAACUACAAACAUCUUCCUGUCGCUUACCACGGUCGUGCUUCCUCUGUGGUUCCCUCUGGAACCGACUUGCACCGUCCAAAUGGUCAAAUCCUUACCAAUCCUGCCGCGAACCCCAAAGUUCCCGAAUUCUCCCCUUGCAAAAAGCUCGAUAUCGAGCUGGAAAUGGCGUGCUUCAUCAGCAAGCCCAACGAUCUUGGCAAGCCUGUUGCUAUUGACGAGGCAGAGGAUCACAUCUUUGGUCUCGUUCUGAUGAACGACUGGUCAGCACGCGACAUUCAAGCCUGGGAGUAUGUUCCCUUGGGCCCCUUCAAUGCCAAGAACUUUGGCACCACGAUCACUCCUUGGGUAGUCUUGCUCGAUGCCCUUGAGCCAUUCCGCACUCAACCGUUGGAGCCUGAGAAUCGCGAGUCUCUCCUCCCAUACUUGCGCGAGAAGCGCGCUGAAAAUGUGUACAACAUCCCGCUUGAGGUCGAGCUUACCAACAAGGGCGGCCAGCCUAGUGUGGUAUCGAACAGCAACUCUCGGAACCUGCUCUACUCAUUCCCCCAGAUGGUUGCACACCACACAAUCACCGGCUGCAACUUGAGGACAGGUGAUUUGCUUGGCUCGGGUACCAUCUCCGGCAAAGAGCCCAACACCCAGGGCAGUCUCCUUGAGCAAACUAGUGGCAAGAAGCCUAUCAAGCUGGCUGAUGGAACUGAGCGUUUCUUCCUCGAAGACGGCGAUACUGUUGUUCUGCGCGGUAUGGCUGGUACUGAGGGUAACUAUGUUGGAUUCGGCGACUGCGUUGGAACCAUUCUUCCUGCCGUCCCUAUCUAA